UUUAUGUAAAAGGGUGAGCGCGGGGUCUCCUGGGAAGUCAUGGCGUCGCUGAAUUGUAAGACAGCGGUCUGUGUGAUCUGUUUGGAGAAGCCGAAAUACCGUUGCCCGGCUUGCCGCGUGCCCUAUUGCUCGGUCACCUGUUUCCAGAAGCACAAAGAGCAGUGCAACUCUGAAGCCCGUCCUGUUGAGAAGAGCAGAGCAGUGGCGCCUGUGAGGUCUGAGGAGAACAAAGAUGAUGACUCCUCUGUAGCUGAUUUCCUCAACAGUGAUGAGGAAGACGACAGAGUGUCUCUGCAGAAUUUAAGAAAUUUAGGUGAAUCGGAAACUUUAAGAAGCUUACUGCUCAACCCGCACCUGAGGCAGCUGAUGAUUAACCUCGAUCAGGGAGACAAUAAGGCAAAGCUGAUGAGAGCAUGCAUGCAGGAGCCCUUGUUCGUGGAGUUUGCUGACUGCUGUUUAAGUAUCGUGGAACCAUCCCAGAAGAGGGAUUCUUAAAACUGGAUGUGCUCUUUGCUCAAACUGCCUGCUGCUGCUCCUAAGAGGCUGUUUUCAAGGCUACCUUACUUACGUAGCACAUGUGAGUCUUCAUCAUUUGGCUUGCUGCAGAGCCUUCAUGAAGAGUAAACUUGUAGCCCUGGAGUGAUAGCUCAGCCGUUAAGAGCACUGACUGCUUUUCCAGAGGACCCCAAUUUUCAGCACCUACUUGACUACUUACAACUGUAAUUAGUCUCAGAGGAUCUGACACCCCUUUCUGGCCUCUGCAGGUACUGUAUGUAUGUGGCACACAGCCAUAUGUACAGGGAAAACUCCUACAUACAUAAAAUACUUUAAAACAAAAACAAAAAGUUGGCUAUUUAUAUGUUUAGAUGGUGGAUCGAAAUUUUAUUUCUUUUACAGUUCAGAAUUACAUCAUAAAUACCAAGUGUAUCCAUUUGAAUUAAAAACUGAUAGUGUUACUAAAUUUAAGGCAUGGUUCUCUUGACCGUGUAUUGUUCAUUGUUCUUGGUAACAUUAAAUAAAUCAGUUUAUUAAAUA